CAGCCUCAGACAUGGCUCCGUGACCUGACACAUGGCAGCUAACAGCCAUGAACCAAAAACACCAAAAUCUGACCAUGUCUAAAUAGCCUUAUUCCGCUUUCUUUCGAAAUUAUUCCACCUCCUGCAGUUUCCUAGGUAACCAGCCGGCUGUCAGUCUCAGUCAGCGGGAGAGGCGGACUGCUCCCCCCACCGGUUUACUUUCCUCUAAUAUUCGCUUCAUUUUUUUUUAACAGUCACCAUUAAGUUUCCGUCUCUUCUGUAAUAAGCUCAGCAUGGGUGUUCAGGGUUUCCUAGAGUACAUAGAGAAGCAUUGCGCCAGCGCCGUGGUGCCGGUGGAGCUCCAGAAGCUGGCCCGGGGAAGUAUGGUAGGAGGUGGCCGGCAAAGACCCCCUCAGAGCCCGCUGCGGCUGCUGGUGGACGCGGAGAACUGCCUCCACCGGCUCUACGGAGGCUUCUACACCGACUGGGUCAGCGGGGGCCAGUGGAACCACAUGCUCGGCUACCUGGCUGCCCUCUCCAAGGCCUGCUUCAGCGGCAACAUUGAGCUCCUGGUGUGCUUCAAUGGCGCCCUGGAGAAAGGCCGUCUUCACGAGUGGGUCAAGCGGCAGGUGAACGACAGGCAGACCGCCCAGCAGAUCAUGAGUCACGUCCAGAAUAAGGGCACCCCGCCGCCCAAAGUAUGGUUCCUUCCUCCCGUGUGCAUGGCCCACUGCAUCCGACUGGCGCUCCUCAGGUUCCGCGUCGGGGUUGUCCAGAGCGUCGAGGACCACCACCUGGAAGUGAUAGCCUUAUGCAGGGAGAACGGCUUCCACGGCCUGGUGGCCUACGACUCGGACUACGCCCUGUGCAACAUCCCGUACUACUUCAGCGCCCACGCCCUCAAACUGAGCCGCAACGGCAAAAGCCUCACCACCAGCCAGUACCUGAUGCACGAAGUGGCUCGGCAGCUUGAUCUCAACCCCAAUCGUUUUGUCAUUUUUGCGUCACUUUUAGGAAAUCACAUACUGCCUGAUGAAGACUUGGCUGCCUUUCACUGGAGCUUACUUGGUCCAGAGCAUCCAUUAGCAUCUUUGAAGGUGCGUGCCCACCAGCUUGUGCUCCCACCCUGUGAUGUGGUAAUCAAGGCUGUGGCUGACUACGUCCGCAACAUCCAAGGCAUCACUGACCUGGAGGCCAUCGCUAAAGACAUCUUCAAGCACUCACAGUCCUGCACUGAUGACAAAGUCAUUCGAUUCAAGAAGGCAGUGGAGUUCUACUCAGCUGCCAGCAGACCCCUUCACUUCCCUCCACACUUAGUCAGACCAAAACACAUGCGAGUGCCUGCUGCAGUGCCACAACAAGCAUCUCCAAAAAUGAUCAACAUUCCACAGGUGCCGCCGCCUGGAAAACCCGGGGUCCAGCACUCGUACCCGGAGCCUCCGGCAGAACGCGGUCCGCCUUUGGACUCGGCGGCGAAAAGCCUCCCGGAGCAGAAUAGCUUCGGCAACAUUCCUCACGAAGGGAAGCACACACCGCUCUACGAGAGGUCCUCGCCUAUCAACCCGGGACAGGCCGGCAGCCCCGACCGCACAGAGGCCGCUUCCUGCAACGCCUCCUCCACGUCCUCCUGCUCAGAGAAUGAAGAGAGCUCAGCCACAACUGCCAAUCAUGUUAACGACUGUAAGGGAGAAUGGGAGCAAAAUGGAAACACUGCUCAUCCUGAAAACACACCCGAGGACCUGGAGGACCAAACAAAAGCUGAACUCUGCGUGACCUCUGCCGGGAACCCCGCGUCACAGGCAGGAGGUCUCCACAGCCUGAAAGCCCACAUCCCCUCCCUGCUCUCCAUGCCCACCAGGAACCACAUGGACAUCACCAUCCCACCUCUGCCCGACGUGGCCCCCGAGGUCCUGCGGGUGGCGGAGCACAGACACAAGAAGGGCCUUAUGUAUCCCUACAUCUACCACGUUGUCACCAAGGGAGAGAUCAAGCUCUCCGUCACCAUUGAAGAUGAAGCUAAUAAAGACCUGCCUUCAGCGGUGCAGCUGUUCCGGCCCAUCCGUCAAUAUGUUUACGGAGUUCUCUUCAGCCUGGCAGAGGCCCGGAAGAAGGCUGAGAGACUCGCCAUGAGGAAGAACUGCCUCCCUGAAUACACACAUGUGAUGGUCAAAGAGUGGGCAGCCUACAAAGGCAAGUCUCCCCACACUCCAGAGCUGGUAGAGGCUCUGCCCUUCAGGGAGUGGACCUGCCCUAACCUGAAGAAGCUGUGGUUGGGGAAGGCGGUGGAGGACAAGAACCGCAGGAUGAGGGCUUUCCUUGCCUGCAUGCGCUCCGACACUCCGGCUAUGCUGAACCCCGCCAACGUCCCCACGCCCCUCAUGGUGCUGUGCUGCGUGCUGCGGUUUAUGUUACAUUGGCCAGGAGUAAGAAUUUUGCGUCGUAACGAACUUGACGCUUUCCUAGCCCAAGCACUUUCUCCUAAACUUUAUGAGCCUGACCAGCUGCAGGAACUGAAGAUCGACAACCUGGACUCUCGGGGAGUCCAGCUCGCCGCUCUGUUCAUGAGCGGUGUGGACAUGGCUCUGUUCGCCAACGACGCGUGCGGACAGCCCAUCCCCUGGGAGCACUGCUGCCCCUGGAUGUACUUUGACGGCAAGCUGCUUCAGAGUAAACUCAUCAGGGCCAACAGGGAGAAGGCCCAGCUCAUUGACCUCUGUGACGGUCAGGCUGAGCUGGUCGCCAAGGUGGAGAAGAUGCGUCAGAGCAUCCUGGAAGGUCUCAACUUCGUUCGUCCACUUCACCCUCCUCCGUUCCCGCCGCCACCGCCUCCCCUUCCUCACGGGAUGCCUUUCUACCCCCCCAACGGCUCCUUCUACCCCCCGCCCCCCAUGAUGCCACCUCAGGGGAGAGCCAGGGUGAUGUCAGGAAUCCAAGGAAUCCAGUCACAGGGCGGGAAGCUGGAGAUAGCCGGAACUGUGGUUGGUCAGUGGGCCGGUACUCGGCGCAGCCGAGGAAGAGGAGGCUUCCCUGUCCAGGUGGUGUCUGUUGGAGGACCAAACAGAGGAUAUGUUUUUGUUUCCUGUAGUCGUCCGAGAGGAGUGAUUUCCACUCCAGUCAUCCGGACGUUUGGUCGGGGAGGCAGGUACCACACUCGGGUCUUCAAGAGUCAGGGAGUGUACCUGAAUAAGCCCGCUUAUAAACCCACUUAUACAUCUGGACACGACGCAGCGAAGGAGAGAAAGACGCCCAAGCCGGAAGAGAAGAAAUCCUCCUCCGCGCCGUGCGACAGCCCCGCCGCCGAGAACGGCGUGGUGGAGGACAAAGAGCCAGACCAGCUGAACGGAGAUAAAGAGGAACACACGGCUCUCAUCCAACCUGAAAGUGCCUUUAGCUGUGACUCCAAGACGUGCAAUACUAAUCCUCACUUAAAUGCACUAAAUGUAGACAGCGGCUGCCAUAGAGAUGAAGGUCUGGAGGCCGCCGUCUCAAAAGAAGAGUAAGCCUAUUUUUCUAGAGAGGGUGAAGGAUGAAAGAUGGAACAGGAUUAGGAAUAUCUGGAAAUUUCGUAAAAGCCUACAGUCAAUGUAAACAUGUUUUCCUCUCAGACGGAGAAAUGAGAUGAAAAUUCGGAACCCUCUCAGCAAACACAAGCGUACAAGACGUAUGACACGCGCUAGAUCAUGGAGCCGCUCGCUCCCUCGUCACCUACACAAGAUUCCUACACGUUUAUGAAAUGCUACUUUUUUUUUUUUUUUCCUUCCAUCAGAAUAUUAAAAAGCUUCAUGAAAAAUUGUAGUCGUUAUAGGUUUGAUAUUCUUUCAAAGUACUUGGCAUCACGUACGUAGCCAUAGUACGGUUAUCGGUUUUGUGUUGUCACGGUAACUGCUUAAUAAAAACCAAACUUAUAAAAGAGGAAAAUUAAAUGCAGACAGUUCCAAUCAUCAGAUUGUUUGGUUUAUAUUUAAGCAGCUUGUGUCCGUUAGUUCAGCCACAUUUAGUUCCAGACAAUUACAGUCAUUUAGCUGUAAGUAACAUUUUGAGAAAAUCGGACGCGAAACAUCUCGUAAGAUUUCGAUACUCCCGGGUUUUCUUUUUUAUACUCAAAAUGGAGAGGCUGUAGUUUUACCGCUUCAACAUAAAAAAAAAACCCUCUGCAUGGUUCACAGUUGAACAGGUGUGUAAUUAUUAUGCAUGUUGUCCUUUUUUUCCUUUCAUCCUCUUUCAAGUACUGUGCCCAUUCGGAAAUUUUACGAAAAUCGCUAAUAUCAGUGAUAGCCCAUUAAAAGGUGUUAACUGUUAGUAACGGAUUUGUUCUGACCUUGAACAUUUUUUGUGAUAUUGACCUCUGUUGCAUUUAAUUAAAAAAACAAAAAAACAAAAACAUGUUAUCUAGCCACUUUGAAAUAGUGUAUUCAAACUAUAUUGUUCUCUGUUGCUGUUUUCCGCAUUAGUCAAAUAUCCGAAGAAAAAGAAAAAACACAUAAAAAGCUUUAAUCAAAUUCACUCCCCCCCCCCCCCACCCCCUUUUUUUUUGUGCUCCACCUUCCAAUUAAAACGUUAGCCAGUGAUCAAGUUUUGAGAUUUUACUUUGGUGUUGUUUUUAACACUCAUGAUUCUACUUCUACACCAUCAUUUAACAUCUACACUUAAUUCCCCUGAAGCUUUUCAUCUUUCAUUAGUGAUCAGAAAAAUGGUGUGUACCCCCCCCCCCCCCCCCCCCAGUCCCUCCCCUUCCCCUCCUGCAAAAGCUAAAUAGGUUACCUUCUAUGUAAGUUGAUCAGAGUUUUUCUUCCUAACUCAUGGAUUGUAAAAGAAAUGAACUGCUGUUGGGUUUGGUUGAAUGUUGACGGAUUGUGGUGUGGUGUAUUUGAAGGCAACUUGGCUACAAUGCUUAAUAAAACUAUAUUCUUUUA